AAAAACCCAGCCCGAGCCGUGCCCAGCAGCCACACCUCGCCCACAGGCUUCCCCGCCCUCGCCCAGCUCAACGAACCCGCGCACGACUGGUUUGCAAGCGGAGUCGCGAAAAGAGGGAGAGAGAAAAAGAGAGAGAAGGGGAACUCGACGCUUCGCCCCCCCGUCGUUAAGAGGGGCAUCCCGCCGUUGCCAUGGAGUCGUCCGGGUCCUCCAAGGGGUGCAUGGAGCAGUUUACCAGCUUCAUCCGCUCCCAAAGGGGGAUGUUACUCUUCGUAGAAAUAGUCCGGGCUCUCAUUGGAGCAGUGGCUUUUCUCAUCACUGCCAUCAUUGUCUUCUUUAGCCGCCCAGAUGGAGGAGCCAUUGCUGGGGCGGUGGCUUCAAUUCUGACUGGAAUCCUCUUUGCCUACGAUGCAUAUACCAUCUUGCCUACUCUCAGGAAAUCCCAUACAGCAGCUCCUUCCGAGCCUACAGAAGGGAUUUGAAGAAAACCAUCCCUCUUUCACCUCAAGACAAAACACCACACUGGACCCAUCUCCUAUUGCCUUCUAUGGGAUCUGUCCCCAAGAGACCACCUCCCCGUAUCAAUUUGACAACACCACAAUCUUGUUUUCCUUGGGUGCUCCGUAGGACAGAUUGUCGCCUGAAUUGGCAGGUCCUUUCCUCUUGUCUCCAUUUUAUGAAACUGUUCCAGCAACGGAAGAGAAGGGCGACUCUGGAAUCCUCCAGGAAAAUUGCAAAGCCCCAGUAAAAUGGAUUUCAUAGGUUUGUGACUAUUGGCUGCAUCUGAUUGAGAGUAAUUCCAUUUACUCUCUGGUUGAGAUGCAAAGAAAAUUAAGCCUUUACAUUUUUAGUCCUAUUAGUAGACAAUGACAGCAAAAGUACAAAGGGACCUUCUCUUUUGGGGCCUCUGUUUGCCCUGCAGACUUCAGCUGCUUGCAUCCAGAUUUUCUAGAUAAGAAGCCACUGUUUUGAAAUCUAUCAAAUAGGACUUUUUCAAAUUUUGUAACUUUUGAAGAGCUUGCGUUCCACCCCGGGGUGGUAUUCACUUACUUUCCCUACCGAUUCGCAAAUGUGAGCGCACGGCAGGCCUUCGCUUCUGUGGGCCAUGUCCACACAUGCGUUUAGCCUUCUGUGCAUGUGUUCAGCCUUUGCAUGCAUGCGCACAGCGUGAAAACGUGCCUAAAUAGGACAGUAUAGAGCCGGGGCGCGUGGACAGGUUCACCCACAAUUUCCACUACCGGUUCGGGUGAAUAUCACCUCUGCUUCCGCUCCAUGAAAAGCUGUUUGAAAUUUCACUAAGCCAUCUUAAAUUCCCAUUUCUGGUAAAUGAUUUUUUUUAAAAUAAAGCAAGCACUUAAAAGGCAUCCUACCUUAGUAACUUUUUCUACACCAUUUAUUUUCUCCCCUAAUCUUCUCUCUCUUAGGGAACCCCAGUCUUUAAAAAAAAGGCACUAGGUUACGGAGAAGGGUUGUGUGUAUGUUCGGUCAUUGUGAUCAAGUGGAAAAAGUUACGGUUGUUUGGUGAUGAGCUACUGAAACUUUCCAGAUUAAGGAAAACUUUUCUGAAUUACACUUCCAGGGCUUAAGACUCUGGUGCCAGGCAGAGUUCAUUACCCUGCCCUAUUUUGUAGAUAUAUAUUUUAUAUAAAAAGAGGAAGCAUAGCAAACUUCUAUAUAAAAUAUUCAAAUUCAUAUACUUGAUGAUGAGGUCAUCCAUUCAGUCGUGUCCAACUCAUGGCAUUUCUGUGGGCCAGGUCUCUCCACAUUUUCUGAUCUUGCACUAUUUCUUUUGAGUUUUUCCCUAUGCUUUGGCUGGUUGUCAGCUUUGAUGGUGUCCAGCCACCAUGUUCUUCUGUGGCCUGGUUCCUUUCACCGCUAAUUCUUCCAAGCAUAAUUGCUUUCGCCAGCGAAUUCCCCCCAACCCCCAAUGAGGUGGCCAAAAUAAGUGACAGAGUUUUGUGAUUUUGCCUUCCAGUGACGCGUCUGAGUUAUGCACUCAUAUACUUAUUAAAAGGCCAAUUUUUUUCCCAAAGAAGAAAACUUGGCUCACCUUGGUGCUGAUUUCUGGGUAUUUUUUUAUGUAAUUAUUUUGGUGUAGUACAAAAUACAGCCUUGGCUAGGGCCCCAGUGAUCUAUAAGGAGACACAUAAGUGGCCUGAUUUUCUUCUGUGGAAUGUAUAUCAUUGCCUUAAGCUUAGAACACUUUGUCUGCAUUGGUAGGAAAGAUAGAAGAGAAAGAAGCAUGUCUACUGCCAUCUCUUGUCCAGUUUUCUCCUGUUGGAUCUUGGGCAGCUUGGCUUUAUUUUGUGCUUGCUGGAGAAAUAAAAUAGUUUUAAGAUGCAAAUAAACUAUAUCUGAAUUGGUAUGAAGUCUGUUU